GUUGCCGACAAGCACGUAUACAUGACGACGUGUCCUCAAAGUUGGUCUAUAUAAGGGCAUGUGAAAGACACAAUAAUGUCGCCAUUGCCGUAAAUAGAAAAACAGACGCACGAUGUCGCUCGCCGUUGUAUCCGCCGUUUUAUUUAUCGUCCUGUCUCUCAAGCUUAUUCUGAACGCGAGAAGAAGCUCGAGCAAGAAGGGGAAUCUCCCUCCUUCUCCGCCGUCUCUCCCCAUCCUCGGCCACCUCUUCUACGUAAAGAAGCCUCUCCACAAUACGUACGCCUCCCUUGCCGCCGAAUACGGCCCCAUAUUCUCCCUCCGUGUUGGAUCUCGGCGCAUCGUCAUCGUCUCGUCGCCUUCGCUAGUUCAAGAGUGUUUUAGCGGCAAGAACGACCAAGUUUUCGCCAACCGACCGCCGUUCCUCAACUCCAAGUACGUUGCUUACAACAACACGACGGUCGGGACAGCGCCCUACGGCCCGCACUGGAGGAACCUCCGAAGAAUAUACACUAUCGAGAUGUUAACCUCGCAAAGGCUAAGCCUUUUCCAGCCUAUCCGGUCCGACGAGCUCCGCCGCAUGGUGGCAAAGCUUGCUCGGGACGCGAGCGCGGGAGGGUUCGCGGCCGUGGACCUUAGAAAGACGGUAGCGACCGUUGUGAUGAACAACGUAAUGAGAGUCAUAGCGGGAAAGAGGUAUUACGACGAGGACGGUGGCCGGAGCAAGGAGGAGGCUUCGAGUAGGUUCCAUGCGGUAAUUCAGGACGUUAUGGACAAGAGCGGUGCGGGGAAUCUUGCGGACUAUUUCCCGAUCUUGACGUGGAUGAGAUCAAAGUACGUGAAGAGGGUGAAGGAAUUAGGGUUUAGAAUGAACGAGUUCAUGCAAGGGCUUGUCGAUGAGAUGAGGAACAAGGGGGAGAGAAACGACACCAUGUUGGGCCGCUUGCUGGUUCUUCAGGAGAAAGAACCUCAUGUGUAUACAGACGAAAUCAUCAAAGGGCUUAUUCAGAGCAGGGCAAAACCGUCUUUUAGACGAAUCGGAUCUCCCCGACCUCCCUUACCUCCACAACGUGAUGUCCGAGACUUUUCGCUUCCACCCUCCGAGCCCGUUCCUCCUGCCGCACUAUUCCUCGGCGGAUUGCAAGGUGGGCGGGUACGACAUACCACGUGGCACGAUCUUAUUGGUGAACACAUGGACCAUCCACCACGACCCGAGUGUGUGGCCCGACCCGGAGUCGUUCAGGCCUGAGAGGUUCGACGUGGGAGAGAAGGAAGGGGACGCGUACAGGCUCAUACCGUUCGGGCUGGGACGCAGGGCGUGUCCAGGAGCCACGAUGGGGAUGAGGACCGUCGCUCUCACCAUAGGGACACUGGUCCAGUGCUUCGAGUGGGAGAAGAUAGGGGACGGGCCCGUGGAUUUGAAGGAAGGGACGGGACCCAUUAUGCAUAAAGUGGAGCCACUCGUGGCGAUCUGCAGGGCCAGGGCUUUAGCCACCAGGACCAUGGACGAAGCAUAUUAGCCAAUGAGCGUUGGCCAAGAACAAGAUAAUGUUAUAUAAUAACAAAGAGGAUGGCUAGAAUAAGAAAACGAAGAAUAUGGAACGCUUGUUUUUUCAGUAUUUUCCACUUUCCAGUGUGAUGGUGAAUAAAGAAGACUCGGUGUGACGUUUCUGGAAUGGUUAUGUCCUAAUCAUUUGAGCAAUAAAUGUUUGGUUCAUUAA